AUGGGUAGCGGCGAUGCUGGUGGCGUUUUAGUGUCGCCUGCGCCCACCUCGAUGGGCGGCCUGACGACGGCUGUGGGGCGACUGCUGGAGCCUGAGCUGAUAGCCUUCUCGUCUCAUGGAGGGCACCACCUCUUUAUUAACCGGAUCCCGCCAAGAUUGCCAAAAGAGGAUGUCGAGAAAAUUAUCCUGGCACAGCUGCGGCUUCAUCCGUUCGUGCUCCAAGUUUCUAAAUGCAGUGUAAUACCACAAAACAGUCUGAAGAACAAAGGUUACGGUUUCAUCACCCUGGAUGGCUCCCCAUCACCCUCGGACCUUGACGCCAUCGCAAAGUCACUGAACAACAAGCUUCAGGUCGGCUGUCGAACGCUGGGCGUCCGCGUAUGCACGGACUGUCACAGCGCUUGCUACGGUGACGAUGACGGCUGCGCUUCUUCUUCGUCUCGCUCCUCUACUCCCCCAAACGAACCGGCAACUUUUGACCUUCCGGACGCCCAGUCCUCCCAGGCCGCAAUCACCACAGUCGACGAGCAGCUGAGCGUCGACUGCCUUGAACCCACAGCCGCAGCCGCCCCAGGUGAAGGCGAUGCGCUGGGCGCAGCGCCAGACCAGGCGAUUACGCCGCCAGGAGUGAUGAAGAACGUGGUCACAUUGCAGCAGGACAUCCUACAGACCGCCGUCGCCGUUUUGGCACAGCAACACCUUGUUGCUAUGCCCUCAGCCGUGACCACUGCGGACCAGCAGCGCCGGCGCAAAGCCAUGAAGCCCGGGCAGGAUCGAAGAUUGCAAGUCGAACACAGCCGGCACCAAACGCACCAGCAUUAUCAUAACCUUUACUCGUCCCAGUCGCGCCAGCAGAAGCUGCACCAGGGGCCUGGCAUGCAGGAGGGACCCAAGUGGCGUGCGGGCAGAGGGCUACCCACCGGGCCACAUGGGUUGGCACACGCAGCUGUCCGCCCGAGGCGGACCACGGCCGAUGCCAGCCCCUCCAUAGCGGCCCCAGGAGAUCUACAGGCCUUAAAUGCUCAGCCGCAGGCAUGGGAGCGUGACAUUGAUGCUGGGGGACUAAGUUCAGAAGGGCCGCCUGCUACGCUUUUGCCGCUGCACCAGACAACCACGCUGCCGACUCAGCUCCUGGCUCUGUCCAGGGUUCAGCACCGUGCUCGGUACCAGAGUCCGUGGCGGGAUCUGGGUCGGCUGAGGCAUCCCGAUCUGGGUCAGCCACCGUCCUCAGGCACAGCCCAGCUGCCCCCCACCGCAGCUCCGUCGGUCUCAGCACCGCCCGUGGGUUUGUGCAACACUGGGGGGGAUGCCCCGGCUGCCCCCGCCUCCACAAGACCAACAGCAUCUUACAUUUGGUCCCCUGCUGCCGAGUCAGCAGCAGCAGCAAGGGGCACAGCAGCAACCGUCAGCGCAGACGCCGUCACAGUAUUCCGCACCACGCCGGCGACGGUGGCGCCGGCGGUGCUCGCGCCGCACAGCCGCGGUGGUGGCCGCGGGCAAUUUGCUGUACCUCAAAGCGUCUCAGCGCAGGCACAGAUGCCGGCGGUGGCGCCGCCCGGACGGCAACCCCAACCGUGGGCGGCUUCACAUGCGUCUGGGUGUGGUCCUAUGGGCCAAGCGCAUCUGCAGAGUGCCUCGGCGCCCACGUCGUCUUCUUGGUAUCUGCACCAGUACCACCGGCAGCAUCAAAAUCGCCAGAGCUGUAUGCAUCACCCGCCGCCGCCGCAGCAGCAGCAAGCUCAGCAGGGCCCGCACGCGCAGACCGCACCUUACGCAUUCGCAAUGACUUGCAGCGGUGUCGAUGGUGAUGGCCACUGUGUCGAUGGCUUACGCACAAGCAGCUGCGGUACGAGUGCAGGCGUGGUCCCUUUGGGGUCGCAUGGUUGCAACACGACGCGGCUGCAAAGACCGCUCCAGGGACAGGGCCCUGAGCAGGCGGUGGUGCAAGGGGCACCGCCUGGCCAUCCGCCUGGGAUCCCGCGUCCGGCUUGGGUUGAGGGGACGCAGAGUGUGGCGUCGGGGGAUUCGGGAUCCGGAUUGGAUGUUCACGGCAGCUACCCCGGCGGCCCUGCUUUGGCGGGCAUUUCGCAGCCACCAGUUGAGAAGAAUGAUUAUCCUCAGCCACCGCAGCUGCAGCAACAACAUCAGUUGCAGUUCCACCUACAGCCGCCUCUGCUGCCACAGCCGUUAUCGCAGCAGCCCCGACCGGCCUUGCAUAUAGUCAGUUGCGUUCCGGCGUCUGGCACGCAGUCACAGCAGCCGCAGCAAGCAUUGGCAAAUCCCACGUACGAGUUCAUGCAGGAACCACAUCGGCAGCACCAGAUGGACCUUCACUUCCCGUCGCCAUCACCACCACCACAGCAGCAGCCGUCCGUGGCCUCUCGUUUUCCUGAGCAGCAGCCGUCCGUGGCCUCUCGUUUUCCUGAGCAGCAGCCGCCGCCGCGGCAGCAGCAGCGGGAGAUGUCGGUGCCGCUGCCGUUGCCGCAGGAGCAGGCACAACAGUCUCUGUUGCAGCAGAGGCCAUUCCUGCAGCUACCACUUUGCUCACAGCCACCUCAGCCGAUGCCCCCGCCGCAGCAGCCGCAGUCGCAGCCGCAGCCGGCCUCGUUUGCGCAGAGCUUGGAGGGCGGCGCCUUGUUGUCCCCUCAGGGCUGCCAGCCCUCUCUGCCAUCCACACCGGCCCAACCGCUUCUGUCGUUACAUCCGAGCGUGGAUGAGAGCUGCCUAGGAUUGGGGUCUCACAGGUUUCAGUUACGGGGCGCAGCACACCAGCCGCUGAUGGCGUCCGCGCCGUCGGGCUUUGCAGGCUGGCGUGGUUGCGGCUUUGAUCUGGAUUUUGACGUGCACCGAGGACCGAAGGUUGGGGUUCCGGAGCUGCAGCUCCCUGCAGCAGGUCAGGUGGGCUCACUCGGUGCAGCAGCCGCGUCGGUAGCAGCGGCCCUGAGCGUGCGUUCGACGGAGCUGCUCUUAGGCCGCGGCAGCUCGGACGGUUUCCAGGACCCAGAUCAAGGGGGAUCCGCGGACUCGGCGGAUCUGGAUCCAUUGGAUCUGGAACCUAUGAUCCUGCAGCUCUUGGAAAAUGAGGACGACGAUGGCGGCGGCAGCGGUGGCAGCGGCAGUGGUCGUAGCAGUGGCAUGCCUGCGGCGGCGGCGGCAACACCGUUCGACAGUCGCGAUACCAAGCCGGAUGGCGAGUGGCAGCAUGCCAACGGCCAUCGCGGGCAGCAACAGCAGCAGCAACGUCAACACCAGUACCAGCAUCGCCACCACUACGACCGGCAGAGCAAUGCGCAACAGCGGCAGAGGCAGCCCGGAGGACUUGUCGUCCGCAGGCAUUCGGCCCAAGCAUGGUACAGCCGGGACAGGCUGCCGGCACCCCCACAAAUGAUCAGCGAGGCAUGCUGCCAGGAACGGCAGCUGUUCCUGCGGCAGGUGCAGGCGCUAUCGGGGCUCCCCAUGAGAGUGGUGGCCAGGGCUCAGCCCCUGCUGGGGCAUCGUGGGUCCCAGGACGUGGAGGCGCGGGUGCGGGAGGGCCCCCAGAACCUGGUCCUACCGGCUCCUACCAAAGCAGCGGUACUGUUAGCAGCGGCGGUGCUGCCGGAGCCGGAGGUGCUGGCGCUGGCGUGCACCGGCUUGGAGGCAGUUUUGGGUCCUCUGGUUCUGGAGCAGUCUGGCACCGGUUUGAGACCGGUGGCGGCGGAAAGGCGGCCGGUGCGGGUGCUGGCGGUGUUGGUGGCGGUCGUGGAAUGGGGCCUCGAGGUCCUCGUAGCCACGGUGGCGGCGGCCGAGCCCCGAACGGAAACGUGGUCUACGUUGGACAUGGAGGCCGGGUGUUGGGCCCGAGGAAGGCUGCGGGAGAGGAGCCUUUUUCCCAAGGGCAGUUUUGCACUGGACCGUAUUUCCGUGCGCCGCUGGCAUCACAAGGAAGGGCGGGAAGGGAUGCGCUUCGUGGUUGGUCAGAAGUGGGGGGCAUUAGGGGCACAGCCUCAGGCGCUGGUUUUGCACGCCUUCACGGGCCAUAAGAUGAAGUCCCGUUUCUCCGUGUUAUCCAUUUGA